AAAGAAGACACAGCUCCUCCAGCAAGCCGCCUUUGACUCCUCCCUCUUCUUCAGUAUUUUCCCUCAUUUCAUCUUUUCCUUCAAAAAACAAAGGUAGCAGUGGAAGUGGGAGCAAUCGUUCAUCCAGUGGAGGUACUAGUGCAUCAUCAUCAAAUUCCAAGUUGUUGAAAUCAUCCAAAGACAAGCUGCAGAUCAGCGGAAACAACAGGUUAACGCAUUCGGUACAGCAUAGCAAAGUUCCGCAUGAUAAAAUUAUGACUCCAUCUGUCAAAGUGGAAAAGAUUCAUCCAAAGAUAGAUGGUGCCCAACUGAAAGCUGCUGUUGGUCCAACUUGUUCUACUACUGUGAGUUCCUCAAUAAAGACUGGCCUUAAUUGUCCCUCAAUACCAAAGCCACCCUUGCCUUCCCCUGGACAGAUACUGAAUGGUAAAGGUCUUCUCUCUGUGCCUCCAUUUUUGGAAAAGAAACCUGAAGAAAAUACAAAUAAUAGGAAAUUUUUACAUAAAAGAUUGUCAGAGAGAGAAUUUGAUCCUGAUAUAUACUGUGGUGUCAUUGAUGUGGAAACCAGGAAACCUUGUACUAGGUCUUUAACAUGCAAGACACAUUCCUUAACCCAGCGGAGGGCUGUACAGGGUCGAAGAAAACGAUUUGAUGUGUUAUUAGCCGAGCACAAAAGCAAAACCAGGGAAAAGGAGCUUCUUCGACAUUCGGAUCAUCAUCAGCAGAUGCCCCCUCUCAGGGAACCACAUCCCUCACCUACUAAAACUUCCCAGGAGCUGCACCAAAAUUCUCAUGGAGUUACUCUUACAGAUUCAAAGCCUUUAUUACCUAAUAAGCCCAAACCUCACCCCCCCAGUCUUCCAAGGCCUCCAGGCUGUCCAGGCCAGCACAGUGGAAAUGCCCCCAGCGAGUCUCCUGCUGUCCACGAGUCCCCGCACCCUCCCUUGCCUGCAGCUGAGCCAGCAUCUCGGUUAUCCAGUGACGAGGGAGAAUGUGAUGAAAAGGAAGAGCCUGUUGAAAAACUGGAUUGUCAUUAUUCAGGUCAUCAUCCUCAACCAGCCGCUUUUUGCACAUUUGGUAGUCGGCAAAUUGGAAAAGGUCAUUACGUGUUUGACAAGCGGUGGAACCACAUUCGAUCUGCACUUCAGGCCAUGUUGGAGAAGCAUCAUAAUUCACAGAUGUGGAAGAAAAUUCCUCCGGCAUCUGGCAACACAGCGUCAGUUCGUGCACCGCAUCGGACAAACUCGACGCCUGCCUCGCAGGUCGGUGUCAGUGCAGCAGGUGUCCUCUUACCCACCACGGUUAUGUCAUCGCCAGCGUUGGUAUCUCCUUCCUGUGUGUCUCUGAAUAACAAAUCGGUACCAUCCCAUGGAACGACACUAAAUGCCAAUCCUGCUGCUUUGGGUGCAGUGGAUCCUGUCUGCAGUAUGCAACCGAGACAAGUGUCUUCAUCCCCUUCAACACCUACAGUGCUUUCCUCUGUACCUUCACCUAUGCCCAGCAAACCUCAGAAAAUGAAAUCCAGCAAAUCUUUUAAACCCAAGGAAUCUUCUGCUGGCAGUGGCACCUGUAACAGCACCGGCAGCGUCAGUAGCAGCGGCGGCUCAGGAAAGAAGCGUAAAAACAGUUCCGCACUGCUAGCACCUUCUCAUUCCACAGAGUCCUUUAGGAAAAACUGUGUGGUUAACUCUGGAAACUCUGGGACCUCCUAUCAUCCAGCGGUGACAGCUUCGUCCCACAGCGUUGGCCUCAACUGUAUGACUAGCAAAGCUAACUCUGUUAGCCUCAAACAUGACCAAUCAGGGAGGGGUCCUCCGACUGGAAGCCCUGCAGAAUCCAUAAAGAGAAUGAGUGUGAUGAUGAACAGCAGCGACUCCACGCUCUCCUUAGGGCCGUUUGUUCAUCAGUCCAGCGAGCUGACUGUCAAUUCACACAGCAGUUUUUCACAUUCGCAUACUUCCCUUGACAAAUUAAUAGGAAAGAAAAGAAAGUGCCCACCUGGUUCAAGCAGCAUAAACAGCAGCAGCAGCAGCAGCAAAUCAAACAAAGUUGCCAAAUUGACAUCGGUGAACAAUGUUCAUGCAAAACACACUGGUGCAAUCCCAGGGACGCAAGGACUGGUGAACAAUUCUCUGUUUCAUCAGCCAAAGGCCCGUCCCUGAUAGCUGAACGCACCGCGGCGAGAAACCAACUGGACAAUUUUCACUACAAGCAAAACCUCCCUCUGGAUUUCUGGACUCCAAGAUGCCUUGAGUUUUCCCAACUUCCCAUGGUCCUCAGGUGUGGAAAUCUACUGGACUGUCACUUAAACAAGGAAUUUCCCUGAAGCCAUGUCUGUAGCAGCGACUCUCUUAGAAUUGGACACUGGAUGAAGUUCAGCCACGCAAUUGCUCUUAUCAGUGUUACCGGUGGUCUGGACUGUUUGCUACAAAUCUGUGAGAUUUUCCUUACAGGAGUUACGUCAUCUUGCCACUAUUUGACAUAGAUUGGCUGGGCAAAGGAAUGUUUUCUGGGGGGAAAUAAACGUUACUGUUGACUUAUUUUUAUACUGAUGGUGUCUUUUGUAGGUGAUAGCUGACCAGGUGGACACCCUCAAUGGAGAGAGGACCCCGUGACAAGGGGGAAAAAGUGUGUGAGGCACAGUGGAAAGACACCCU